AUGAAAAUAUCCAACAAACAACUCCAAUUCCCAAUUCGUAGCUGCCGCCGCUCGAAAACCUCGUCUUUUGCCGCCACCGCCGCCGGCGAGGCCAAGGACAACGAUGGCGAUGCCGUCACUCUUUCCGACAUCGACCAGUUCCUUUUCGAGAAUUUUCGGUCACUCUAUCCAGACGGAAGAAAAUCCGGUGAGGCCCCCAAAACGACCCCGUUUUUGUUCGAAUCUCCACGCCUGCUCGAGAUUCCGCCGCCGCCGGAGAAUCUCUGCGGCUCGGCUAGGUUCUUCGUGGCCGCCGGAUCCUCCAGCUCGUUGAUCGUCGACGAUCCCCCAUCGUCCACGUCAUCCGCCGACUCCUCCUCCUCCUCGUCGGCGGCGGCCAACGGCGGUUCGUCGGCGUCGGACGGGUCUUCUCCGGCAGCGGCUCCGGACGACUUUAUUGCGCUGCUGACGUACUCGCCGAGUCCGUACGAGGAUUUCCGGCGGUCGAUGCAGGAGAUGGUCGACGCACGCGCGGAGCACAACGGGCGCGUGGACUGGGAGUUUUUGGAGGAGCUUUUGUUCUGCUAUUUGGAUCUCAACAAUAAGAAGGCGUACAGGUAUAUACUGCGGGCGUUCGUGGAUCUGAUCGUCGGCCUGAGGGAGAAUUCCGGCAGGGUUCCGGCGGCGAGGCCGUCGCUGGGCGGCGGCGGGUGGAGGCGGCGGCUGAUUUGA